UUGCAGAAAGACAUACACCAGAAUUCGAACCUGAACAACCAGCUUCAGGAGAUACUUAUCCGCGUACGGACCGCUAUCGCCGAAGCGGUUGACGAGUGCGAGAAGCUGAACGUCCACUCGUACCUGUGGAUGGACGACCGCGACGAGCUGUUCGGCCAGUUCCUCAAGUACGGCCACUACCUAGCCCAGGAGGAGCUGGACGAGCUGGCCGCGGCCGAGGAGGGCACCACCCCCAUCAAGGAGACGCCGCCCGACCUCGACAAGUUCAAGGAGCUGAUCGAGCUGUACGAGAACCUCUACAAAGAGCUGGACCUGAUCACCACCGAGAGGGUGUUCCAGAAGUGGUUCCGCGUCAACAUCAAGCCCUUCAAGCAGGCCCUGCUCAACACGGUGUGCAAGUGGAGCAGCAUGAUCAAACAGCACCUCGUAGACCACGUCAUCAACAGCCUGCGCGGCCUGGCCGAGUUCAACGAGGAGGCGGAGCGCGAGAUGGGGCGCGAGGUGAAGGAGGGCGACUACGAGGCGCUGCUGGCCGUCAUGAACUACCUCGGCAAGGUGCGCGACCGGCGCGCCAAGACCGACACCAUGUUCGAGCCCAUCAAGGAGACCAUCGAGCUGCUCAAGACGUACGACGUCGAGUUCCCCGAGGAGAUCUACGUGCAGCUGCAGGAGCUGCCCGACGCGUGGAACAAUGUGAAGAAGAUCGCCAUCGCGGUCCGCACCGCCGUCUCGCCGCUCAUCACGCACGAGAUGAACCAGAUCCGGCGCAGGAUCACUGUCCUGGACGCGCGUCAGCUCGCCUACCGGGAGGCCUUCAAGAAGAUGGCCUUCUUCAGGUUCGACUGCAAAGACUGCUAUGACGACAUCGACCAGGCGCAGAGGGAGAUCAUCGAGCUGGAGGAGUACAUCGGGAAGAUAUCCGAGCAGGCGGCACUUUUCGAAGUGAACGUACCCGACUUCAGGGGAGUCAAAAUGUGCAGGAAGGAGAUAAAAAUGAUUAAGCAACUGUGGGAUUACGUGAACGUCGUGCAAAGCAGUCUGGACGAAUGGAAGACGACUCCGUGGAGGGAGAUUGAAGUAGACAACAUGGACAUGGAGUGCAAGAAGUUCGGCAAAGAGUUGCGGACACUGGACAAGGAGAUGCGCGGCUGGGACACGUUCAUCUCGCUAGAGGCACUGCUCAAGAACAUGGUGACGUCCCUCCGCGCCGUGAGCGAGCUGCAGAACCCCGCCAUCAGGGAGCGCCACUGGCGGCAACUCAUGGCCGCCACAAAGGUGAAGAUCGUCAUCGACGAGAACACGGUGCUGGACGACCUGCUGCAGCUCAACCUGCACUUGUUCGAGGACGAAGUGAAGACCAUCGUGGACAAGUCCGUGAAGGAGAUGUCCAUGGAGAAGGUACUCCGAGAGCUCGACGCGACGUGGCGGGAACAAGAGUUCGAGCGGGAGGAGCACCCCCGCACCGGGGUGCAGCUCAUCCGCACCUCCGAGGAGCUCAUCGAGACGCUGGAGGAGAACCAAGUGCAGCUGCAGAACAUGAUGGGCUCCAAGUUCAUCGCUUUCUUCCUCACCGAAGUUUCGGAUUGGCAGUCAAAACUCGGUAACGCGGACGCCGUCAUCAGCAUCUGGAUGGAGGUACAGCGAACCUGGUGUCAUCUUGAGUCCAUAUUCGUCGGCUCGGAAGACAUCCGCAGCCAGCUUCCCGAGGACUGCAAGCGCUUCGACAUGGUUGACGUCGAGUUCAAGAAACUCCUCGAGGAGCUGACAAAAGAACCCAACAUCGUGCGAUUCACAAACAAGAAGGGGCUGUAUGAAAAGCUGGAGGAGCUCCAGAGCCACCUCACCAAGUGCGAGAAGGCGCUCGCCGAGUACCUGGAGACAAAGCGGCUCGCCUACCCGCGCUUCUACUUCGUGUCCUCGGCCGACCUCCUCGACAUCCUGUCCAACGGCAACCAGCCCGCCAUGGUGGCCAGGCACCUCACCAAGCUGUACGACUCCAUGGCCAAGCUCAAGAUGGACGGCUCCUCCAAGAUGGCGGUCGGUAUGUGGGCCAAGGACGGAGAGUACGUGGAGUUCAGUCAAAAGUGCGACUGCGACGGGAAGGUCGAGGUGUGGCUGAACCGGGUGACGGACACGAUGCGCGUGACGGGUCGUCACUACUUCCGCGAGGCCGUCACCGCGUACGACGAGAAGCCGCGCGAGCAGUGGAUCUUCGACUACCCGGCGCAGACCGCCCUGGUGGGCACGCAGAUCUGGUGGACCACGGAGGUCAACAUUGCCUUCAGCCGGCUGGAAGAGGGCUACGAGAACGCGCUCAAGGACUACAACCGCAAACAGGUGCAACAACUCAACACCCUCAUCGGACUGCUGUUGGGCGACCUGUCCGCCGAGGACCGGCAGAAGAUCAUGACCAUCUGCACGAUUGACGUGCACUCCCGCGACGUUGUGGGCAAAAUGAUCGCGCAGAAAGUGGAGUCGAGCUCGGCUUUCCAGUGGCAGUCGCAGCUUCGGCACAGGUGGGACGACAAGAUCGACGACUGCUUCUGCAACAUCUGCGACGCGCAGUUCCGCUACGACUACGAGUACCUGGGCUGCACGCCGCGCCUCGUCAUCACGCCGCUCACCGAUCGCUGCUACAUCACGCUCACGCAGUCUCUUCACCUCAUCAUGGGCGGCGCUCCGGCGGGUCCGGCCGGAACAGGCAAGACAGAGACCACCAAGGAUCUGGGGCGCGCCAUGGGCGUCAUGGUGUACGUCUUCAACUGCUCGGAGCAGAUGGACUACAAGUCCUGCGGUAACAUCUACAAGGGGCUGGCGCAGACUGGCGCGUGGGGCUGCUUCGACGAGUUCAACCGCAUCUCGGUCGAGGUGCUGUCCGUGGUGGCGGUGCAGGUCAAGACGGUGCUGGACGCCAUCCGCUUCAAGAAGACCCGUUUCAGCUUCAUGGGCGAGACCAUCACCCUCACGCCCACCGUGGGCAUGUUCAUCACGAUGAACCCUGGCUACGCCGGCCGCACCGAGCUCCCGGAGAACCUUAAAGUGCUGUUCAGGCCAUGCGCCAUGGUGGUGCCGGACUUCGAGCUCAUCUGCGAGAUCAUGCUGGUGGCGGAGGGCUUCCAGGAGGCCCGGCUGCUGGCGCGCAAGUUUAUCACGCUGUACACGCUGUGCCGAGAGCUGCUGUCCAAGCAAGACCACUACGACUGGGGCUUGCGCGCCAUCAAGUCCGUGCUCGUAGUAGCCGGCUCCCUCAAGCGCGGUGACAGGCAGCGGCCCGAAGACCAGGUCCUGAUGCGUGCGCUGCGUGACUUCAACGUGCCCAAGAUCGUGACCGACGACCUGCCCGUCUUCCUGGGGCUCAUCGGCGACCUGUUCCCGGCGCUGGACGUGCCGAGGAAGCGCGACCUUGACUUCGAGAAGGCCGUCAGGACGGCGGCCACCGACCUGCAGCUUCAGCCAGAGGACAACUUUAUCCUGAAGGUGGUGCAGCUGGUGGAGCUGCUCGAAGUGCGCCACUCCGUGUUCAUCAUCGGUUUCGCCGGCACGGGCAAGUCCAUGGUGUGGAAGACGCUGUUCAAGACGUACCAGAACAUGCGGAUGAAGCCCUUCGUGUCGGAUCUCAACCCCAAGGCCGUCACCAACGACGAGCUCUUUGGCGUCAUCAACCCUUCCACCCGGGAGUGGAAAGACGGGCUGUUCUCCGUGCUGAUGCGGGACAUCGCCAACAUGUCCGGGGACGGGCCUCGCUGGAUCAUGCUGGACGGCGACAUCGACCCCAUGUGGAUCGAGUCGCUCAACACGGUCAUGGACGACAACAAGGUCCUGACCCUGGCCUCCAACGAGCGUAUCGCCAUGACCAAGUCCAUGCGGCUGCUCUUUGAGAUCUCCAACCUGAGGACGGCCACCCCGGCCACCGUGUCGCGCGCCGGCAUCCUCUACAUCAACCCGACUGACCUCGGCUGGAACCCGUACGUCACGUCGUGGAUCGACAAGCGCGACCAGCCGUCAGAGAAGGCCAACCUCCUCAUCCUGUUCGACAAAUACGUGCCGCCCACCCUGGAGGCGCUGCGCACCAAGUUCAAGAAGAUCACGUCCGUGCCCGAGAUCGCCCACGUCAAGAUGUUGUGCGACCUGCUCGACUGCUUCCUCACCGACAAGAACCUGUCCCCGGAGUGCCCCAAAGAGUGGUACGAGAUCUACUUCGUCUUCAGUUGUGUCUGGGCCUUUGGCUCGGUCCUCUUCCAAGACCAGCUUGUCGACUGGAGGAACGAGUUCAGCAAGUGGUGGGUCCAGGAGUUUAAGGUGGUCAAGUUCCCCCCCACCGGGACCGUGUUCAACUACUUCAUCGACCCGGACACGAAAAAGUUCCUGCCUUGGAGUGAGAGUAUCCUGCCCUACGAGUUCGACCCCGAAACUCCUCUGCAGGCGACGCUCGUGAGCACCUCCGAGACGACACGCCUGCGCGUGUUCAUGGACCUGCUGCUGCCGCGCCGCAUCCCCGUCAUGCUCGUGGGCGGCGCCGGCUCGGGGAAGACGGUCAUCGUCAACGGCCGGCUGGGCAAGCUGCCCGACAGCUACAUGGUCACCAACGUGCCCUUCAACUUCUACACCACGUCAGAGAUGCUGCAGAAGGUGUUAGAGAAGCCCCUGGAAAAGAAGGCGGGCAGAAACUUCGGUCCACCCGGCAACAAGAGCAUGAUCUACUUCAUCGACGACAUGAACAUGCCAGAGGUGGACAAGUACUUCACGGUGCAGCCGCACACGCUGAUCAGGCAACACCUGGACUACAACCACUGGUAUGACCGCGGGAAGCUGACGCUCAAGGACAUCCACAACUGUCAGUACGUGUCGUGCAUGAACCCCACGGCCGGGAGCUUCACCAUCGACCCGAGGCUGCAGCGGCACUUCUUCGUCUUCGCUGUGAGCUUCCCUGGAGAGGAGGCGUUGAACCACAUCUACGCCAGCAUCCUGCACGGCCACCUCACGCAGUCGGCCGUCAAGUUCAACCCCGCCGUGUUGAAGCUCGUACCCUCGCUCGUGCAGUCGGCGCUCUUCCUGCACGCCAAGAUGACCACCACGUUCCUGCCGACGGCUGUCAAGUUCCAUUAUCAGUUCAACUUACGAGAUCUGGCCAACAUAUUCCAGGGCAUCUUGUACAGCACGCCGGACUGCGUGCCCGACCACUCGGCGCUGGUGCGGCUGUGGGUGCACGAGGCGACGCGCGUCUACCACGACAAGCUGGUGGACGACCCGGACCGAGACAUGUUCAAGAAGCUGAUGCUGGACUCCGUCAAGAAGAUAGAGGGCGUAGACGAGGCCGCCGUCCUGGAGAAGCCCAUCAUCUACGUGCACUUCGCGGAGGGCAUCGGCGAGAACAAGUACCUGCCCCUCACGACCUGGGAGGCGCUCAACAAGCUCCUGCUGGACGGCCUGGAGCAGUACAACGACAUGGUGGCGUCCAUGAACCUCGUGCUGUUCGAGGACGCCAUGGACCACAUCUGCAGGAUAUCCCGCAUACUCAUGGGUCCCCGAGGCAACGCGCUGCUGGUCGGCGUGGGGGGCAGCGGGAAACAGUCCCUGACCCGGCUGGCCGCCUUCAUCUGCAACCUGGACGUGUUCCAAGUGCAGCUGCGCAAGGGCUACGCCAUCGCGGACCUCAAGGCCGAGUUGUCGGUGCUGUACCUCAAGGCGGGACUCAAGAGCGCCGGCCUGUUGUUCCUCAUGACGGACGCCCAGGUCCCCGACGAACGCUUCCUCGUCAUCAUCAACGACAUGCUCGCCUCCGGGGAAAUACCAGACCUCUUCGCCGACGACGAGGUCGAGAAUAUCAUCAACCAGAUGAGAGGCGAGGUUAAGGGUAUCGGCCAGCAGGACACGCGCGAGAACUGCUGGAAGUUCUUCAUCAACCGCGUGCGCAGCAUGCUGAAGACGGUGCUCUGCUUCUCCCCGGUCGGCGCCACGCUGCGGACGCGCUCGCGCAAGUUCCCCGCCAUCACCAACUGCACGGCCAUCAACUGGUUCAACGAGUGGCCGUACGAGGCGCUGCAGUCCGUGUCGCUGCGCUUCCUCUCCGAGCUCGAGGCGCUGCCGGAGAACCUGCGCAAGUCCGUGUCCGAGUUCAUGUCCUUCGUGCACGCGUCCGUCAACGAGAUGUCGCAGGCGUACCUGUUGAACGAGCGGCGCUACAACUACACGACCCCCAAGUCGUUCCUCGAGCAGAUCGAGCUGUACGGGAAGCUGCUCACAAACAAGUCCAACGAGCUGUCCACCAAGAUCGUGCGCCUGCAGAACGGGCUGGAGAAGCUUGCGAGCUGCGGUGAGCAGGUGGACGGCCUCAAGGAGAUUCUGGCCGUGCAGGAGGUCGAGGUGCGCCAGAAGAACGCGGCCGCCGACGAACUCAUCGUGGUCGUCAGCAAGGAGACGGAGAAGGUGUCCAAGGAGAAAGCCAUCGCGGCCGAGGAGGAGCGCAAGGUCAUGGAGAAGGAGGAGGAGGUCUCGGCGCAAAAGAAAGUCUGCGAACUGGACCUCAAGGCCGCCGAGCCCGCCCUCAUAGCCGCAUCAGAAGCGCUCAACACGCUCAACAAGAACAACCUGACGGAGCUGAAGGCGCUGGCCUCCCCGCCCACGGCCGUCACUCAGGUCCUCGCCGCGGCCAUGGUGCUGCUCUCCCCUAAGGGCAAGGUGCCUAAGGAGCGCGGCUGGAAGGAGGCCAAGGCCUUCAUGGGCAAGGUGGACACGUUCCUCGACAACCUGAUGCACUACGACAAGGAGAACAUACACCCGGACGUUGUGAAGGCCAUCAAGCCCUACCUGAAUAACAAGGAGUUCGUCCCCGAGCUCAUCCGCACCAAGUCUACGGCGGCCGCAGGCCUGUGUGCAUGGUGCAUCAACAUCAUGGCGUUCCACGACGUGUACGUCCACGUGGAGCCCAAGCGUCGCGCCCUCAACGAGAAGAACGCGGAGUGGAUGGCCGCCAGGCAGAAGCUGGCCGACCUCAAGAGCAAGCUGGAGGUGCUGGAGGGCGAGCUGGCCCUACUCACCGACAAGUUCGAGGUGGCCGUGGCCGAGAAGCUCAAGUGUCAAGAGGAGGCCGACUCCACUGCCGAGACCAUCGACCUGGCUAACCGACUCGUGACCGGCCUCGGCUCGGAGAGCGUCCGCUGGCAAGAGUCCAUCGCCAAUUUCCAGAAGCAGGGCACCACGCUUCCCGGCGACAUGCUUCUCGUGACAGCUUUCAUUUCCUACGUCGGUGGGUUCACGCGCAGCUAUAGGAUAGACUUGCAGGAGAAAAAGUGGCGCCCCUUCCUCAAAACUCUAAAUCCCGCCAUCCCGCUGACCGAGGACUUGGACCCGCUGUCGAUGCUGACGGACGACGCGCAGGUGGCCGCGUGGAACAACGAGGGGCUUCCCAACGACUCCAUGUCCAUCGAGAACGCGACCAUCAUCAUGAACUCUGCGCGCUGGCCACUCCUCAUCGACCCGCAGCUGCAGGGCAUAAAGUGGAUCAAGAACCGCUACGGCAAGCACCUCAAGGUGGUGCGCCUGGGGCAGAAGUCGUACCUGGACGUGAUCGAGCGCGCCAUCAGCCGAGGCAAGACCGUGCUCAUCGAGUUCAUCGGGGAGGCCAUGGACGCCGUGCUCGAGCCGCUGCUGAGUCGGGCGCUCAUCAACAAGGGCAGGUGGGUUGGGUUGCCUGGGUCGCGCUCAUUGGCUGCCAUCCAGGCCGACCAGAGGAUGUACCUUCCCAAAUUACUCACCGACCG